UUCGCGGGUUGUUUGAAAUAUGCCUCGCUUGCCGGAAAACAGCGACAGGGUCAAAAUCAACUUUAAAUCAAAGAUUCAAGACAAUGCAGUCGUCAUACCGACCGUCGACGGCGCCAAAGGCAAACUGAACGCGAAAGAGAGAAAAGCGUAUUUGGAGAGAAUUAUCGAGGAUUUUGAUAACAAAAUGAAAGUGAGAGAAGACCAGAUGAGACAAGAUUUGGAGGAUGCUAGACGAACGUUUGAGCGAAUGGUUGAAUUAGAAGUGAUGAACCUGCCUGAAGUUCUCUGGGAGAUGCCGUAUGAGGAAUUUUUACGCAGAGGAAAAUGCGUACACGAAGUGAUGAUGUCACUGGAGGCAGACAAGGAAAAAGAAGAGAAGGAAAAUGAAGCCCUGGAGGCAGUCGCAAACGCAGAGGCAAAAAAGACAUUCACGGUGAAAAGAGAGAAAGCAGCAGCAUCGUCGAAGAAAAGGAAGGCUGAAGCAUCGACGAAAAGGAAGAAGGCACAGAGGAAGAAAAAUGGAAAAGUUGGUGAGACUCCACUUGUAACAGGAGGGGUGGGUGAGUGGGGACCCACACCGAUGGUGACGCCAGCUAUUGACACAAGAUUACCGGAUGCCACUCCUCACGUUACCAAACAAAUUCACGACGCUAAACGAAAAUUAAUUCCAGCAAGUCAACACAGAUACGCCACACGAGCGUCAGUGAGAAAACAUACAGUCGACUCUCCAGGUCUGGCGAGUGUCAAAGAGCAACUGUCUGCUCAAUUGCUCGAUAUGAUCAUAUCUGCACCCGAUAGAGCAACCCUUCGUAACAUACAAGUAGGACUCGAUGAUGCCCGUCGAGCUAAUAAGCACUAAGCAACAUCACUUCCGGGUUAUUGUUCAGGCAUGUGCACGUGACAUGCAGUAGUGGGUGUUUAGUACACGUUUUCUUUACUAGAACGGCGUUUUGUUAGUGUGAGGAACGCUUAGCUUGCAAAACU